AGUGCCAAUAUGGCCGACCGGGGGCUUCACAGCCUCUCAGUGGCCAAUACAUAGCAUCAGCAAUCCAGGGUUAAUAUACAUCAUUGGGUUGUACAGGAGCAGGCAGUUACAUUCCUGAAUUUGAUGUAGAGAUAUGUCAAAGGCUAACAGAUGAGCUGUCAGUAAAUUCAGUUUAAUUGUUGGCAGUAGUAGCUUCCCUCCAGUGGGUGGAGGACGCUCCACCAGUCAGAAUUGUAGUAUGCGCAGAUUCCCUGUCUGUAUUGAACAGUUUAUCAUCCGGAAAAUCUAAUAGGAGUGAAAUACUAUUGGAGGCAUUCAUGUUAUUAUGGACAAUCAAGAGAGUAGUAGUGCAAUUCUUCUGGGUCCCAGCCCACUUGGGAGUGAAAUAGAAGACCAGGUAGCCAAAAGGGCUUUAAAACUAGAUAUAAUUGAUAUUCGUGCUCCACUGUGUAGAGGUGAGGCCAAAUGUAAGAUUAGAGCCAUUAUGAUAGAUGUGUGGCAGAAGAGAUGGGACUCAGAGCCCAAGGGCCGGCAUUUAUAUGCCCUCAAAAGAAAGGUUCAAGGUUCAGAUUAGGAAGGAAGAGGUGAUGUUUCCUCAGUUGCAUCUAGGACAUUGUACAUUGAACUCAUUAUAUCUGGUUGGCAAGCAUGCAAAUUCACAUUUACAUUUACAUUUUAGCCAUUUAGCAGACGCUCUUAUCCAGAGCGACUUACAGUUAGUGAGUGCAUACAUUUUUUGAAUGGUUUGUGUAUGGAGAGUAUGGUUGAUGAAACAGUGAAGCAUUUGUUGAUGUAUUGUUGUAAGUAUCGGUAUGUGGAAGAGAGAGAAAGAUUGAUGUGUAGGGUUAUUGAGGUUGGAUGGGGAUGAGGGUGUUGGGAGGGAUUUGGGGGAUGGGUUGAUAGAAGUUAGUAGGGCAGUUUUUUUUUAUUUUCUUAGUAGUACAGGAUUAGAUAGGAGGGUUUAAUUUAUCUUAAUUACUGGUAAAUGUAUGCAUGCAUGACUGUAAGUCGCUUUGGAUAAAAGCGUCUGCUAAAUGGAAUAUUAUAUUAUUAUUAUUAUUAUUAUUUAGUCUGUAAACUGUGAUUGACUAUACACUCCAGUACAAUAGGUGGUGGCAUGCAGCUCUAACAUUUGUUUGCGGACCGCUAUUAUAUUAUAGAAGAAGAAGAAGAAGAAGAAGAAGAAGAAGAAGAAGAAGAAGAAGAAGAAGAAGAAGAAGAAGAAGAAGAAGAAGAAGAGAAUGCACGGAUACGGAAAUGGCAUAUCUACGUUGGAGAAAAAUAUGGUAGCUACAGCUAGCAGUCUAUUUGCUCACGCCGUGAACUGUUUCCUUUUGUAGCGUUUAACGAUUGCACCGUUUCACAAUAUCGCUAUUAUUAUUAUUUUUUUUUUUACCAAUACUGUAACCUUAGUAGAUCAUUUUUUUGGUCAGUAAACAUUUAUCGAAAUUCAAGUUACCUAACCUAUCGAUUGGUUCAGGAUUGCACAUGAAUAUCUAGCUAGCUAGCUACAACAGUCAAAAUGGCGGACAACGAGGACGAGAGCAAUAUGUCAAGUACAACAACAGGGGCAGAUCACGGUACAAUAGCUCAAGUUCCAUGUGUUUCUGGAUUGCCAGUAAACCAGAACCAAAUCGGCGAGAAAUGCAUUGAAGCAAAUGCACCUGAGAUCACCGAAGCGCAUGGCUUGACAGAUUUCCUGCAAAGCUGCACAAAAGAGGAUACAUUCGUUGCAAAGGACUCCCAGGAGGUUGUCAGCCAAACUGAAGACAAUGAACAACAACCUGAACAGAACAUAACGUCUAUUGUUGAGACCUCAUGUAUUGCAACGGGUGCAGAGUAUUCUACAGUCAGUGCUGACUUUGUAAAUGCUCUUGCACCUGGGACCACCAUCAUUUACGUGCAACCAGAUGGUAGUUUUGUUGAGGGAUCAGGUCUGACUGAAGAGGAGCAGCAACAGCUAGUGGAGCAGUUGGCCAAACAACAGCUUGUUACAGUGACUGAGAGUGAGGCUGCUCGCCUGUUUGAACAAAAUCAAGGCAUCAAAACACUCCCUACUACUUCGUCACAGAUACAGUAUACUAUUCCCAGUACAGCACUGGCUCCCAACGAACUGCAACAAGUAAUAGAGCAAGUUACCAAAUCUCAGCAAUCCAUGGCCCAGACACCCAAGGAAUCGGAGCAGGUUGUGACCACACUGGACCCCACAACUGGCUUGUUCACGACUGUUGCAGCUUCAGAGAUUGCAGUAGCAAGCCCAAAGCCACUGGUCACUAUGCAGAAUGCAUCACAGAAGCUGAAGAAUGUUGCGAAACAAGUGGCACUUCAGUCCAACAAUGGAACACGCCUGGUUCAGAAAAAGCAGGAAACCAUCCGAAUCCAAGUCCAGAUGCCCUCUGGAAAGCAGGAGGUGAAAGGACCUACGCAGACUACCAUUUCAAUCCCUCAACAGAAGAAUUUUGCUGUGGCGAGUCAAGGCCAGCAGGUCAAAGUGUCUACGAACGGCGGUGUGAGCAGCAGCCCACAGAUCAUCCACAUCACACCCAUAGUUGGACAGCAACAGUACUUCCUACAGCAGAACCCUGGAGACCCUCCUAUUCAGCUGCUACUGCAGAGCUCAACACCCGUGGUUGGCAGCUUGGUUCCCGUUGUGCACAAACUGCCCAUACCUUUUCAGACCCCUGUCCAGCAGCCUUCAGGUAAGGCCCCGGUCAAUGGCACAACAGUCACAGCAGUUAAACCUGCCACUGCUGCUGCCAUGUCUGUCUCUGUCCCCACACUGGAAAAAGUGAAAAGGGUCAAAACCAGAAUGAAAAAGGCACCGAAUAUCAAAACGCGUUCCGGCAGGGUGUCCAGACCGCCCAAGUACAAGGUGAAGGACUAUAAGUUCAUCAAGACAGAGGACUUGGCCGAGAGCCAUCAGUCAGAUUCUGACGACUACUCUGAGAUCAGUGUGGAGGAAGAUGAGGAUGGUGAGGAUGGUAAAAAGGGAACAUCAUCUAUGAUUUACAGUCACAAGCGGAAGGCCUUUCAAUGUGAAACGUGCGAUAAAGCUUACAUAGGCCACGGAGGUCUGUCCAGACACUACAGGCUGAACCCCUCCCACGGUGAACUGAAGUCCCCUCCUGAAGGGACCCCUAAAACAGACGGCCCUGGUAAAAGCACAGACGCUGGGGCCGAACAUAAGAAGCCGACUGAAGAAAGUAAUGCCAGCAGUGUUAAAAAUACAUCGGUUCCUGAGAAAAGUGAGGCCUCAGAGAAAACAGCUGCUGCAACGUCAACCACUCAACAAAAAGCGGAUACCACGGCAACCCAAGGAGUAGCAGCUUCUACCAGGCAGACAAUGGUCCAGGCUCGGGGACCAGGGAGGCCCAGAGGACGGGGCAGACCACCUACCAAAGCACACCCAGCGGUGAGACGGGGGCGACCUCCAAAGCUAGGAGGGGGAGCAGCCAGUGUGGAGCAGCAGGCCCAGAGUAGGAAAGCGUGGCUCAAAGAGGUGACACACGAAUGUGAUAAUGAAGAACUCAUGGAGAUUGUGCUCCCUCGUCUGGCUAAGGUCAUGACUGUCUGGGAGUUCCUCCUGAUGAAGGUGGAGAAGGGGCGGCAACCCAAAACCCCGUUUUCGGAUGUGUACCAGGAGUUUGAGCAGCUCCACAGCCAGGUGAAGAAGAUGGCCCAGGACUACAUCAGUAACCCUCAGGGUGUCCACAUGGCCUUGGAGGUCCACAAUAUAGAGGUUGCCAAAUCUCUUGGCAUCUUCGAUGAGGUGAACAAGUUGAAAGUUCUGAACCCACCAACGCAGCAGAAUGUCACCAACAUGGCAAUCAAGAAUGUCCGCUACAUGGAGAAUUCUAAAAUGUUACCUCCAACAAAGAGAUUUAAAAUGGAAAACCAGGCUGGUGUUCAGAUCCAUCAGAACGGCAUUGAGACUUCCACAAAAGAAUCAAGUGAGGCCAAAGUAGAGAACACCGCAACAACAAGCAUGAAGGACAUUUUACCACAUGCUCAGGUGCCCACCAAGAGCACAGCAGGAUCUCAAGCUACUCAGACUGCUACCAUCACACCACAGGUUGUCUCAUCUAACCCAGAGACCAACAUAACACCCAUGGAACUGAUCCAGGAUCACUUAUCCAACAGCAUGACAGAAACAGUUGACUCAGUGGGAGAGGACGCCAUGGAGACAGAUCAGGGUGUGUCUGGUACAGAACCUACUGAGGUCCUGAGCACCAGUGACAUAGCGGAUCAAAUGAAGGAGCUAGAGAAGGCCUUGGCCACAGACCAAGUCGCAGUUGAUCAGCAGCCCAGGAGUACUCAGCCGCAGCAGUCCAACCCUACCCCAGUCCAGCAGAGUGGCCUGACCCAGGCUGUCUCUACCUCUAGCGAAGGAGGCCAGGUGGUGGUUCAGGAGGCACAGGGCAGCCAGGAGGCCCAGGGCUGCCAGGAGGUCCAGGAGAUCUACAUCCAGACUGAGGGGCUGACCAUGCACCUAGCAGAGGGCCAGGAGGGCGAAUUGGCCUCGGAGCGCAUCAUCAUCGUCAACGGGCCUGACGGCACCACUAUGCACAUCCGCGCCCCUGAAGGAGUCCCUCUGGAAGCAGUCCAUGCUCUGCUUGGUAUUGAGGCUGAGGGGAAAACACAGCAGUGAUUUGUUUUGUUCCUGCACACCCGGACACCAAGCACACAUCUCCCAUAUUGAUUUUUUCCAUCUGGUGGAUUUUAAGUGUAUUCCUGGUAUUCUUUGUAAAUUUGUAAACAUUAUUUUCGAUGUGGUGUUUUCAUAGACACAUUAAUAGCCCUUCCUUUAACAAGUGCUUAGUUUGUGAUAUGUUUAUAUGUAGAUAAAUAUCAAAAGCAGUACAAAAAAAAGUUGCACUAUUUUAUUACUUUUUAUAUAUUUGGCUGUAACAUUUUUCCCCUAGGGGAAAUAAAAUAAAUAAAACGUUAAAAGAAA